AUGAAAUCAAAAAAACUCCAAGUACUAAAGAGGUUCUCUUACAGCAUUGGAGUGAGAGAAUACAUUAUUGGUCAAGGCACCUUUGGAGAAGUGUUCAAGGCUAGAGACACCACUGAUGCAAAAAUUGUUGCUAUGAAGAAAAUUAUCAUUGAGAAUCAAACAGAAGGGUUCCCUAUCACUGCCUUGAGGGAAAUACGGAUUUUUCAGUCACUCAAACAUGAAAAUGUAGAUGCAUUCGCUUGUGAUUUAUUGGAAAAACUUUUGGUUCUUGAUCCUAGUAAGAGAUACGACGCCGAUUCGGCGUUAGACCAUGACUUCUUCUAUACCGAUCCACUGCCUUCUGACUUGGGUAAAAUAUUGACUCAACACUCGCAGAGUACUUUGGAAUCCCACACAUUAUCACGAAGACCAGCAAGACACAUGCAGCAUCCUUACCAUCCAAUAUCCACUGGUACGACUAGACCUACUGUCAGCAGAACUUAUGAUGGUUAUCAAGAUCGAAUUUACUGA